AUGGUCAACCCGGCGGAGAAUUCCCAGCAAGGCGGAAGUGGAGACGCUACACGGAAUCGGAUCCACGCAAUCCACGGUACGACAAGCCUACCGGCAAUUGAACUUCUGCUUGGCCGUGAGAACUGGUCAACGUGGAAAUUUGCGGUACAAACGUUCCUGGAACUGGAAGAUUUAUGGGAAGUCGUGAAGCCAACGCCGAAUGCCGAUGGAACCGAUCCGGUGGUGGACGCUGUGAAGGACCGAAGAGCGCGAGCGAAAAUAAUCCUUUUGCUCGAUCCGGUGAACUACGUGCAUGUGAGGGAAGCGAAGUCUGCACGGGAGGCGUGGUCGAAGUUGGAAGCAGCAUUCGAGGACUCUGGAUUGACCCGGAAAGUCGGACUGUUGAGAAAACUCAUAACAACCUCCUUGACAACCAGCAACUCCAUGGAGACGUUUGUUAACGACGUCAUAGCAACCGCACACCAACUACGUGGGAUUGGCUUCGAGAUCACCGACGAAUGGAUUGGAACACUUUUGCUGGCCGGUCUACCUGAGGAAUAUCGGCCGAUGAUUAUGGCUCUCGAAAAUUCCGGAGCGGCGAUUACCGGUGACGUCAUCAAGACUAAACUGCUGCAGGAAAUCAGAGUACCAUCGUCGGGCGCCGCGUUUGCCAGCAACAAGCAUGGACGGAAACCAGCCAAGCAGAGUGAGAAGCCCAAUCCAUCUUCAAGGAAGGGACCGAAGUGUAGGCGGUGUCACAAAUUUGGUCACAUUGCCAGGGAUUGCUCGUCAAGAGAGCCGAAGAAAAGCGACGGAAAUGCCUGGUGUACGGUGAUGUCUGCAAUUGAAGAGGACGACGACGAUUGGUACUUCGACUCGGGGGCAUCCAAUCACUUUGCGAAGACGGCUCAAGCUCUUGAGGAAUCUACCAAGUGCGGUGGUACCGUCGUAGCCGCAAACCGCGGAGCGAUGAAGAUAGUCGCAUGA